AUGAAGGUCUUCUCGUCCGGUUGCACCUUCAACUACUCAUGGGAUGAGGUCUCGACUGCAAACUGGCGCAAGUACUGUCCCUGGAAUGAUAAGUCAACCCACGUCGUCGGCGUCGAUACCCUUUCCCGUACUGUCGACCCAAGCACUGGCAUUCUCCGCACCGAGCGUCUGAUCACAUGCAACCAGUCUGUACCGCAAUGGGUUCUCUCAAUCCUCGGAGGGACCAACACCUCCCACGUCUACGAAAUCUCUUAUGUUGAUCCAGCAUCCAAGAAGGUCACCAUGUGCUCCACCAACCUGACAUGGUCAAAUGUCCUCAGCGUUCGCGAGACCGUCACUUACCGGCAAUGUUCUUUGAAUCCGGCUACCACAACUGAAUUCCACCAAGAAGCGAAGAUCACGGCUCUCUGCGGUGGAUGGCAAAAGAUCAAGAACAAGGUGGAGGAUGCAAGCGUGGAACGAUUCCGAGAAAAUGCCAAAAUUGGCCGCGAGGGGUUCGAAACUGUCCUGGAGAUGAGCCGUCGCGUCUUUGGCGAGCAGCGAGAUCUUGAGAAGCAGCGCAUGCAAGCAUGA